AUGAUUAAUGGACAGGAUGUUCUGAGAAACGGCUCCGCUAAGUCGGGGGGUUCCCUUUCCCCUUUGGAGAAGCCGCGUUGGAGCCCUUCCAAUGGUGUUUAGAUGAUAAGGUGUCUGACCUAACGUUGUCGGUAUCUCUAGCUUCCAUUGGUGUUGAUGCUGUUGCACCCGCCCUGUCGGAUGGGUUGUUAGCCAGCUGCCAUGGCGGCCUUAAUCCUUGCCUGAAAAUCGGUCGGGGAUAUUGAGUGAAGUCCGACAUGGUGGUUCACACCCUUUCGGACUGUGGGAGACAGGAUCGUACAACAGUACACUUAUUGCCACUCAGUGGGCCUCCGCGUAUAACUGGGGUCACCCAGAAUUUAAAUCAAUCAGUACCACUUUCGCAGGAUCCGGGGAGUGGUCUGAGAAUGAGGACACCCUCAGUAAGACCGGGAUGAGCGGUCUGCAAUGUCGGGACGUUGGGACGUGUGAAAGCCUCAACAUGUAUAAUCCAAGGGGGUCAUCCUUAUAUGGCCUAGAAUUGUGGAGUUUUGGCAGCACUGUGAGUUCUCCUUCUCAGUUAAGGGAAGGGCGUACGGAUCCCCCAGUUGAAGCAUUGAGGAGCCAGAAUACAUGCAUCUAGUGCUCCAUGGUCUGGGCAUACAAUGACAGAGCGUACUCUGAAGGUAGAAGCCCUAGAAAGGGCGCGGCAGGUUCCCCCCCCGUCUGGCAGGGGGGUCACCCCUUUGUAUGUAUGCCACUAGCACCGGAGUAAGACUCACUUGGGGGUCACCCAGCGUAGGGGGGUUACCCCUGUAUGUUUGUCUCUUAUGGCAUGUUGGGACACUAUUUCAGUCUGUGGGGUAUCGAACAGGUGUCAGGUAUGGUAGUACACUUAUUGCCACUUAGUGGGCCUCCACGUACAACUGGGUGUCACCCAGAAUUGUUUAAUUCAGUACCACUUAGAGAUUUCCUGGAAGUGGUCUGAGGAGGGGGUCACCCUCAAUAAGACCGGGAUGAGCGGUCAGUAAUGUCAGGACGUAGCCCCCAUAGGGGUCAGGGGUCACCCUUAUGGGAUAUAGUACUGUGGAGAAUUGGCAGCAUCGUGAGCUCUCCUUCCUGGCUCUGUCGAUAAACAUGUAUCCAGUGUGUCCCAGUCUGUGCAUACAGUAACAGAUCGUACUCCGUGGAUAUGAGCCCGUCCUAGGGCGUAGGGGGUUCACCCCAGUGUAUGUAUGUCACUAGGACAGUAACCAAAUUCACUUGGGGGUCACCCAGCACAAGGGGGGGUCACCCCUGUACCACAAUGUCACUUGGGAGAGGUGUUUGCCACGCUUGGGGGUCACCCAGCAAAAAGGGAGGGGGUCACCCCUGUUAAUCACUCUGUUAUGUGCCUCCACUACGGUGUCCUGGGAGGUGUAUCCCUGUGGGGAAGGAGUGUAUCCAGUGGUUGUGAGGUCCAGUGGGAGUAGGGAGCUGAGUAAGUUAUCAGCUCUAUUUAAUUUCCCUGCCAGCAGAUAGAGUAAUGCAUCCACUAUAUGCACACAGCAGGGAACAGUCAAUUCAUAAUCCUCCAAACGUACAAUAAAACUGUUAUUCAGAUGUUGCUGAACCACACGAGCACGCCAGUGACCACCUACAAAAGGGGCCUCAUUAUACAUCUUCUCACGGCAGCAAGAUCCCUCAUCCCAACGCUGUGGAGAAGCCAGGUAGCCCCUACAUUUCGCCAAUGGGUAGAUAGGGUGGAAAUGAUCUACAACAAGGAAUUGAUGACUGCGUCUCUGCAGGGGCGCUCGGAUAAAUGAGCUCUAACAUGGUUUCCAUGGAUGGAGUAUACGGCCAGGGGAGCCGCGGGGGAUGCCCGGUCCGGAGUUGGUGGUGCUCCCACACCGGCACAACUUCUCCCACCCCCAACGGACUGACAGAUACCCGUAGUACUUACCAGCAGGGGGGUGCACUUCUCUAACCACAUGGCUAUGACUUCUCCCUCCCUUCCCCACCCCAAUUUCCAGACAGACGACAAACUGGGGCGACUACGCGGGAGCAGGCUCACAAGUUCACCUAUCCACUAACCAGGCACGCAGUACAUUUGGGGAGCUGGGAGGGGGACACAGGGCAAAGGAUGGCAUUAGGCCAUGUAGGCACAGGGGGGUGGGGGGAUGGCGGGGCUCUCGAACCUCUUUGGGGUGGGUGGGAGGUGCACAUUCAGGGGGGGAUUGGGCCAGAGGGUGGGAGGCUAACAACGCCUCCCGGUGGACGGGGAGGAGACCCUUUGGCGCUCUCAGUCCCACGCUCUUGGUCCGAUCUGGGCCUCGGGUUAACUAGGUAAAAUGGCACCCGAUUUGAUCCCUAGAAGACUCCAGCCUAUCACGUUAGGGGUUGGGGGAGGGUACAGAGGCGUCAGAGGGCACCCUGCAGCUAAUAUAUAUCUCACACGAACCACUACACCAGUCUGGAGGGUCGGUGGAUACCACUAAGGCUUAGGGCCACGGGCUGGCUCAAUAGUUGGCUGUCAAGAGUAGGGCAGUAGACGCUAAAUGUAGAUUCGAACCCCCGCUUCACGAUGUAUUAGGGAAAGCCGCGCCGCCCACACCCCGCUUUUCGCAUCUAUCUCAUGUGUCCCUUUGAAGUAUUAGGACUGCGGCCACGGUUGUUGCCAAGUUGUAUCUUUGCUGUUUUAGUUACGGUUCUAUUCAUUUGUAAAGAUAAUCUCAACUGUCCUGCUGUACUAUCAGCCAACGGGGACUAUUGUGUCCUUCCUUCAUUGCCUGUAUAAAGGUUGCCAAACCUGUCUGAAUAUGUUCUUUGUACUCUGAGACUGCUUUAACUGUACUGUAUUAAAUAAAUGAAAAAUAAAGAAUGUAAAAAGCAAACAAACUGUUAUUCAACAUGACCAUUGUAUAGAACAGAAUAGAUCAACCUGCCAGCAGAUAUGAGUACUGCAUCCACUAUAUGCACACAGCAGGGAUUAGUCCUACAUAUUCAUGCAGAGUUACAUAUAUUUUUAUUUCACAUGCCAAUGAAAUAUGACAGUAUAGAGCUCAGCAGUGAACAGUCCACUCAUUAUCUUCCAGAAAAGGUACAUAUAAAACCUUUAUUCCACAUGCCCAUGAUAUGUAUUAGUAUUGAGCUCAAAAGUACUUGUAAAACUUUUAUUUCACAGGAAAAAUAUUUUAAACAGUACAGAUCUAGCUGCCAGUUCGUGGGAACCACGAACUGGCUAAACGACAUGGCCGACGUGAAUCUUGCAAGUGCCGCAAGAUUCAAGAUGGCCGUCGUUCGCGCGCAAAAGUGCCGUGUGGCCCGCGAUCGAGGAUACGAUCACGCCCCCUGGUAUGGAACAGUCUCCCCGAUACCCCCAACCCUCAGAGACCUGCCCUGAAGUCCCAAAAAAAAAACAUGAUCGCGGUAAACCGCUGCGAUCCGUGCGAGACCAGAGUAAAGCAUAGGAAAGAAAAGGUGCCAGCAACAGAAAACAAACAGGCUAAUAAAGCAGUAACAUACAGGGUUAAUUCGGGGGAAAGGUAACAGGGGGAGAAUAUCACACUAUACAAGUCCAAAUGGAAGGCAAGUGCAAAAUAAUGAAAAACGUUUAGGUCAAAAAUGCAGGACAAGCAUUGUUGCAGUAUCUCUCGUGCAGAGAGAACUUGCUGGCAUUUCGGAUCUGGACUGCCCGUAUGGGUGGGACCAGUCUGAUAUGCUUCAGAUAUGUUCUCUCUGUAAUGGCACAAGAUGAGCUAAAACCAGCUUGAGUUCUGAGCGGGGACCCACCGAAGGGCAGGCUAUUUCAGUUGCUGUCCAUUCUCAGAAUACUCUUGCGACCCGUUUUUUGCUCUCCAUAAGUUUAAAGGGUAAUCCAGACGUGGACCCCUUGCUCACGGUGCCUAGAGAGAUAUCAGCUAUGCCUCACUGAUGAUGCCUAACAAGGCUGAAACAAUUGUCUGGGGUUGCUGUAUCUCUCGUGCAGAGAGAACUUGCUGGCAUUUUGGAUCUGGACUGCCGGUAUGGGUGGGACCAGUCUGAAAUGCUUCAGAUAUGUUCUCUCUGUAAUUGCACAAGAUGAGCUAAAACCAGCUUGUUUCUGAGCGGGGACCCACCGAAGGGCAGGCUAUUUCAGCUGCUGUCCGUUCUCAGAAUACUCUUGCGACCCGAAAAUGUAGGACAAGCUAAUAAAGUUUAACUAAAGUGGCCAUGCAUAUCCAGAAACAGUUUGGAGCAAAACUGAAUGUCUAACAUUAAAAAUCUAACUAAAGUGAUCAUAACAACAUUAAUAGAAACAGUUGGAGCAAACUGAAAGUCAAUUAAUAAAGUGUAAUUAAAGUGACCAUUGCAAUAUCCAGAAAACCAGUUUGGAUUAAAACUGAAUGUCUAGCAUAAGGUGUCUAACUAAAGGGACCAUAGCAAUAUUAAUAAAAACAGUUUGGAGCAAAACUGAAUGUUAAGCAAUAAAUGAUUAACUAAUGACAAUUUGCAAUAUCAGUAAAACAGUUUGGAGCAAAAUACUCUGACCUGUGCCUUGGCUGGUAAGCAGCAAAGAAAGAGGAAGUCAUGUGUCUGUCAGGGCUUUAUAUAUGGAUGUGAUGCCUGUUACUGAUUGGUUUAAAGUUUAUUGAUUGACUUGUGCUGAUGGAGGCAUAAAGUAAAGAAAGUUAUGCAAAAUAUGAAGCCUCUUGUCAUGUGAUAAAAUUGAUUAUCACAUGCUACAAUAUUAAGUCACAGUGCUCAGCAUACUGAAAUGUGUAUGAAUAAAAAAAACAUCUUUUAUGAUAAAUGCUAUAGGGCAUUUCUGAAGGCAACUUUGGUUUCUACCUUUAAAUUCACCUAAAAGCUAGACUUUGGUAUAUUGUUUUAUUCUUAACCUGCAAAUCUGCUCCUUGCUUUUGAGCACAGGAAGUGAUCCUGGACAAAAAACUGAAGACCACUUUCUUUCACCAAUGAUAUAAUGAUACAUCAGUUAUAAUACUCAGAAUCUCCUGAACACAUCAUGAAAUUCCUCAAAUUUGACAUGUCCAAGUCAAAGAUUUCAAUAAUCAUCCUCAUUAUGUAUUAAAAGAUGGUAAAUUAACUCAUCUGUAAAUUUGUUGUUUCCAGAAGGAGCUGUCAGACCUGUGGUUUCAUUUAAUCCAAAUUGGGACAAAAUAUUCACAGGCGAAUCUCUCAGUCUCACCUGUAACGUGGAUUCAGUGGGACGGGAAGACCAGAAAUAUAUCUGGUACAAAGAUGACAAGCUUCUACCCACCGGGUUAAAGCAGUUUCUAAUCAAGUCUGCUGAGACAAAAGAUAGCGGCAAAUACCAGUGUCAGACCGCAACAAGUGACAUAAGUGAUGCAGUGAAGCUAGAUGUAACAUAUGGUAAGUUUGCCAGUCUGGCUCCAACACAAUCAAUACACAUUUUUAUUUUCUAAUAUUUUUUGGUGAUAUUUUUAUCUUCAUAACGUGAAACAGCAGCAGCCCAGAGUUGGUGAUCGAUGGGUUUUUGCAUUCCUGGUGAUUUAGUGUAUGGAAGCAUCUGCAAGUCAGUGGUAUUAAGCCAUUUAAAUGGACACAAUUUUAGCUUAAUGAGGCAGUUUUGGUGUAUAGAUCAUGUCCCUACAAUAUCACUGCUCAGUUCUCUGCCAUUUAGCAAAUAAAUCACUUUGUUUAUGCAUCCUAGGCAUGCCUUCCUGCAUGUGACUUACAAUGCCUUCCUAAACACUUACUGUAUAAAGUCAUCUAAUGUUUACACUUCCUUUAUUGCAAAUUCUGUUUAAUUUAAAAUUUCUUAUCUAAUAAUGUGUUAAUAGCUUGCAAGACCCUUCAGGAGCCCCCUGUGUGUGAUUAAAGUUCAAUUUACAGAGCAGGACAUACAACUCUUAGAGUAAGUUACAUCUGAUUGAAAAUGAAACUAUAAUUUAUCAUGCAGGCUGUGUCAGUCACAGCCAGGGGAGGUGUGGCUAGGGCUGCAAAAACAGAAACAGAAGUGAUUUAAUUCCUAAAUGGCAGAUAAUUGAGCAGUGCAACAUAUUCUUCCAUUUUUUUGCUUUAAGAACAUAAAUAUCAACCUGGGAAAGUCUCAGAAGACAUGACAAAAACAUAAACAAGAUAUGUUCCCUUUGAACUGUUUAUUACAAUAUUAUCAGGGACUAUUGGUGAAUGUUAAGAUGGCGGAGCACUAGUCUCCGUUCUUGGAAUCUGACUUUACCAAUUUCUCAGUAAACCUCACCUGUUGCACUUUGACCACUUAACCUCAUAUACUAUGUUACCGACUAAAUGAGAUGUCAAUUCUUGUAGAACACCAUAAAUAUAUAGAACGUGAAAGAAACAAUGGAAAAUAACGUGAGUUAGGUAAAUACAGUGUUGUGUUCUGGAACACGGUCUGAAGUACUAAUGAAGGGUCAAUCACCAUGGAAACAAGUGGAACCAGCAGAACAUUCCAUUAGUGACUCCACCUCUUCUACACCUUUGUGUCACUUUUCAGAAAUGCCAUUUUUAUACAUAACUAUAUGUAAUAAUAAGAACUACUUUGUCUAAGUAAAAGUUUAUAUGAGUACAUUUGUUGGGUUGAUUAUUAAUCAAAGAUGCAUAACAAGUUGGAAAUUGCAACCAUACAAAUGUAUAAUGAAGAAAAAAAAACAACUCAGAGUGGACUGAUUUAUCAAAAGAUCCUACCUCGGACAUAUAUGUCACUGUUUUAUUGACAGAAUGGACCGAUCAAUAAUCAGAAAAAUGUGCCUUCAAGUUAAUUGCAAGCUUUGGUGAACCCAAAAACUGCUAAACUAAGGAUAUUAGAUAUAGCAAUUUAAAAAAAGAGUACAGGGAAAAUGUCAUCAUUAGUGAUGUCCCGAACGGUUUGCCGAACAGUUCGCCACAGAUGGCGAACAUAUGCGCUGUUCGGUCCGCCCCCAUGUUAUCGUUGAGUAAACUUUGACCUUGUACCUCACAGUCAGCAGACACAUUCCAGCCAAUCAGCAGCAGAUCCUCCCUCCCAGACCCUCCCACCUCCUGGACAGCAUCCAUUUUACAUUCAUUGUGAAGCUGCAUUCUUAGUGAGCUGUCCAGGAGGUGGGAGGGUCUGGGAGGGAGGGUCUGCUGCUGAUUGGCUGGAAUGUGUCUGCUGACUGUGAGGUACAGGGUCAAAGUUUACUCAAUGAUGACAUAGGGGGUGGACCGAACAGCGCAUAUGUUCGCCAUCCGUGGCGAACCGUUCGGUGAACCGUUCGGGACAUCACUAGUCAUCAUGCAUAGAAUCACAAUAAUACUAUUAUUAUUAUGUUAUUAUUUAUAUAGCGCCAACAAAUUCCGUAACGCUUUACAGUGGGUGGACGAACAGACAUGUAGUUGUAACCAGACAAUGAAUGUACUCUGUUCAGAAAGGAAAGAUAAUAGAUAAAAAAAACACAUACAAAAAUCUAAUUAAAUAUAUUAUCAGAAAGUACAAGAGAGACGAAGUGGGUAACUCAAUAUGGUGAGAUCUCAUUUUGCUAAAAAUAAAACCUUCUAAACACCUUUGAAAAUAGGUAAAAUAUAAAACGGAAGCUACUGAAACCAAACACUAUGACCACUAACCUCUUAAUAACAUACCUUUCUUAAAAGAACAUCACAAAAUAUUUAGAGAAAGAGGAAAGAUUCAAUAUAGAGCACACACCAUUACCCACAAAGGUACGUUUGAAACUGAAGUUUUUAAUAAUCACGACAAUGAUACUGACAUAUUGAAAAAAAAUAAAAAUAACAUACAGGUAUAUAAUAAUUAAUAUGUUGGUUGGAGGUUAUUUGAUCCAAGGAGAGAUCUGAAUGUCUUUCUGGUGUCCAGGAGGAAGUUUUAAAAUUAUUGAAAAAUCUGCAAACUGUAAACUAAGAGUCCAGUUUUUAGCAGAAAUUUUAAAACAAUUUCUAUCUACUCUCAACAAUGAGUAGGUACCUUCGCUUUGCACCAGCUGAACCAUUUAUUUUUCCAUCUCUGAUUUGGAUCCUGAUGGGUCAGACAGGGCACUAAACACAUGUGGUGAGGAAGCCUCCUUCCUGAUUGUAGAUUAAAGUUAAGAAGCAUUAGAGUAGAUUAGCAUUGCUCUUGCACUGAUUCUUCCGGCCUCACAUGAUCUAUUAGUUCUCUUUCUCCAUCCAUGACGAAUCAAACACACUGGUUUCCCCCAUAAAGUGGUUUAGAAUAUUUUGUAUAUAUGCACAUAGUGUUUUAGCUUCUCAAAUCUCAUCCCCCAACAACAAAUAGUACAUGGCUCUGACUCACGUGCUUGACACCUAACAAUAUUUGUUUUUCCAGACUGGAUCAUCCUGCAAGUCCCUCAGUCUGUUUAUGAAGGAGAUGAUGUUUCUUUAAGAUGUCAUAGGAAUCAAGGAGAUCACACAGGAGGGACAAUCAUUUUUUACAACAAGGAAAAUCCCGUUAUACAGAAGUCAGAAAUUGACUUGAUUUUCUUUAAAAAUGUCAGUAUGAGCAUGGUUGGAGAAUACCAAUGUGCUGCAGGAUCAGCCACAUAUUAUUCAGCUAAAGGAACGCUGAAUGUCAGAGGUGAGAAUUUCCCAUUGCUUUUUGCACAAUCUAUAAAAUGUGCAACAGAUGAAUAAAAGGUCAAUUAGAUGCUGGGAACCAUGUGUUCCAAUUUGUUAACUAAAAUUAAUUAAACCACACCAGAUUCAUUGGUUACUUCUUACACAUUUCACUUAAAGACACCGAGUAAACAGAUUUAACCCCUUACAGACACAUGACAUGUGUGACAAUUCAUUAUUCCAUUUUAUUCCAGAAGUUUGGUUCUUAAGGGGUUAAAACUGCAUUACAAAUUCAAAAAAAAACAGACUAAAAGAAGUUCCAUUUAACUUUACACAUGUCAAUCAAGUCACAGCUCAUUUGCUGUCCCCUUCAAGCAUCCAUAGGACACACACCAUCUUGCUACCUACCAUGUAUCUAUUGAUAUACUUCAGGAGAUAAGCAGUCAGGAGAGACAUUACCAGGAGAUAAGCUGCCAGGAAAGAAACUAUCAGAAGAACAGUUCCAAUAAAUGCUGGUGGUUCCUUCAGGAAUUGUACUGCUGCCACCAUCACCAUAAUCCUGCAGUUGCACCACCAGCGGAAUAGCAAGAAAGGCUAUAGAAAGAGGCAGGUGGUGAGCAAGGAGUCCCUUAUUAUACCAUACCAGGGUCAAUUUACUUCACGUCUGAUCACAAGUGGAGGCAGGGAGCGGUGGCCAGUGAAGAAGUGGUAGUGGUUAUGGUGCUUGGAGUGUUCCUUUAAGAAGCAAUACAUGAAUAGCUCAAUAUAUCAGUCAAGAUGCUUUUCUUGCAUACUAGUAAAUCAGUGUGUAAAUCUUUUCUAGCUCAUAUUGUCUUUGCUGGGUCCACUUAUUAAAUCUUCUAUCUAUAUAUUUACUUUUUAAUGAAAGAAAAAAUAUUUUUAUUUAAAAUAUAAUUCAGUUAUUUAUUAAUAUAAUAAACUAGAAUAUUUGAUGUGUUUUUCUCCUCUUAGAGCUCUUCUCAAACCCAUUAGUCAAUGUGAGCCAAUAUCCAGUAACCGAAGGUGCCAACGUGACCGUAACAUGUGACACGGCUCUCAGCCCACACAGAGCGGCCACAGAAUUACAGUUUGCUUUCUACAGAAACGGACAGAAUGUGCAGGAAUUUGGUUUCUCUAAUAAAUACCAGAUUCAGUCAGUCCAACUGCAGGAUACUGGAGAUUAUACCUGUCAAGUGAAAACUGCAACCGACACAGUGAGAAAAGAAAGCAUUGCAAGACAUGUCCAGAUACAAGGUAUAAUUCUCACUGUCACCGGCUGUACCAUUUUCUCUGUGUUUUUUACAUUAUCUGUGUACAGAAACAGAUCACCGAAUAAGAGGCAAUGUUGCAUUUUAAAGGGACAAGCACACCUGCUAUUAACUGAUUGACAUGAAGGUGUUACGUAUUUAACACCUUAUUCUUGCGAUCUCGGAUGUGAUGAGGUUAAGUUGUUGGGGAAAUCAAACCAAGCGUUUGAUGAUAUCCUGAGUAUCUGCCCCUGUCCAGAUUAAAAGUUUAUACAGCGUGCACGCUUCCCGAGUAAUUCACACCGGACACAAGAUUCUGGUUAAUUAAUCAACUGAGGAAUGUUUAUUUUCGGGGGUUGGACCCCCUUAUAAAGCAUAUAAAUAUGCAUAUAAAUACAUCAUAUGCAUAAUUAUAGAUAACAGAGAGGAAUACAUCAAUAAUUGGUUAGGUGUUAAGUGGUUUUAGUCAAAGCACGUCCUACUGAUCAUAACGUCACGCAGUGGGACUAGUGUCAUAAAGUUCUCCCCAGAUUCCAGCGCUGUCUUGUAUCCUGUCGACGGGAGGGGUAACUUAUAGCGGCCAUUUUGAGUAGUUAUUAUUAUAAUGUGAGUUUGGUUAGUUAAAUGGAGUAAAUAGGCGUUUUACUAAAAUCGUCUAUUAUGUCCUUAACAGUCCCCCCUUAAAAUGACUAUUUACGACAACUAAUAACUGACCCUAUACUGCCCCUAGAGAAAAAUAACAAAUGGCUAACAUGUCCACCCGUCCAGGCCUCGAACGCUUCACUCCUCGGGUAUCCCGCAGUGGCUAGUCCACCACAUCUUCCACAUCACACUUUUGCCUGUACAGACAGACACUAUCCCUAUAUUGUCCCUAUAGGGAGGUAAUCGUAUAUUUAGUACGAUGGGAUUAGUAGAGGUGUGUGUGGCAUAUCACAGGCUUAAUCGUCGAUGUUUUGAUGGAGCAGAGUUGGGGUGAUGAGAUUGAUGGUCUGACCUACUGUUGUUUGUAGAUAUUUCUGCACACACGGAAACACACAGCAGACAAAGAUGCUGAGUAACAACAACACUGCCAAGACUGCCAUUCCCACUUGAAGAGACUUUUCUUCCAACCAUUCAGCCAUCCAAACCAAUUAUCCCAUGAAUUAUUAACCCCUGAGUUACAUUUUAAUUCUUCUGAGAGAUUUUUUAAUUUCUCUAUAGCCAUGGUUACCUUACCAUUUGGGCCAGUAUUGUCUGGUAUGAAGGUGCAACAGGUCAUGGUAUCAGGAAGAAUCUUACAGACCCCCCCCCCCCCGUUUUACAGCCAAUAUCAUAUCGAAGGCUAAUCUGUUUUGAAAGGUCAUUUGAGAGGUAGCCUGUAACUGUUCUGCCAGGCCCUGGAUGGCAUCUCUGGUGUAAUUAACAAACCACUGUUGAUUAUAAUAAAUGUAGUUUAUCUAAAUCAGAUUUUUGUUGGCGAUGAUUAUCGUAAGUAUAGAUUCAAACCCUGCUGCUAUUUCGUCUCUUGCUUUAAAUUAAUUGGGAACCCCCCUUGGCACUCCCACGGCAUAAAUAUAGAUGUGAGGGUCGAAACUGCUUUUUACGGGAGUAUCACGCUUUACCCUGGGGUGUAUCAGUGAUGUGUUUGAGAAGCCUUGGUGAUUAUCUGAUUUUAUAUGAAUUAGCAUAAUAACUUUGGCUACGGUAAACUCUCCCCACCAGGGGCCUAGCAAUCUGGGUCUAAGUUUCAUGUCACCACAAAGCCAAUGAAUAUCACCAAGGGAUCGGGUCUGUCUAGUUAUUAGAUGGAUUGGGGGUUCCCGGCGAGUAGUACAAUAUCCUGGAGGAAAUGUUCCCAUAAAAACACCUGACUUACCCUGUGUUGUAUAACAUGUGUAAUUACCGGGAUACACCGUGACUCCAUCAGGUGGUUUGGUAUCCCUCUGGAUUAGUGGAUAUGGUCUUUUCCAUAACUCACACAUAGAUGAACCAUUAUUUGACUGUAUGUAGAGGCUUAGGAAACAGUAUAAUUUGCAUUAUACCUCAUAUAAUAGUCAUAGAUUGAUGUCUGAGAAACCAGUCUCUACUGCCAUAGUGUCUUCGAAAGUGGGGUUGGCUAUUGCAACCAUGUCUUUGAGAGUCUUAAUAUGUGGUUUACGAGGACUGACAGUCAUGUGUUGUGUGUAUACCCAUUCAGGUGAGUUGUACAUGUCUUGUAAAUAAAAAGUGCCUAAUGUAUUAUAUGAACCACCCCCCUUCCAAUACAUUCCCAUAACAUAUUUCCCAGCAUGCCCAGGACUAGGAUGUUCAAUAUUCAGGGUUAAUUUUAUAGGGGUUGAUCCCGUCGGCUUACGCAUAGUCAUUCUGUCUAAGAGUGAUUUCCCAGUUACGUCCAGUUUUUUUAAGGCACUCUGUGGUCUAUAACCCCAUGCUCAACCUGUAUUCCAACCCACCGCUCUCCAAGAGCUACAGUGAUGUCCCCACUUGUCACACAGAUAUAUGGGUCCUUUUUUGUUAGGUAUAUCUUUGUAUACUGCUGAAAAUAAAGAUUGUGGGAAUGUACAAGAAACAAUAUUAUGUGGGGAUAUUUAUGGGAUAAUAAUAGUAACAGUGAGAAUUGCCCACUAAUUCAAUUCUCAGACCCAAAGAUCGUUUAUCGUGUUAAGUGGAAUGUAUUUCAUAUAAAUAAUAUCACAAUGUUAUAAAAAUAGAUUUUAUUUUAUAAUAACAAAUUAAUUAAUAAUAAUAUGUAACAUGCGUGACAAUAAUCAAUGAAUAAGGUAUGCAAUACAAAGGAAUGGCUAUACACGUUUCAAUGGCUAAACAGCAUUUUCUGUCAAGUCUUACACGAUUUAUGAGGUAUCUUUCACAGAGAGAAAGCUUUUCACAGCGAAGGGCCAUAAAACCCUGGCUAACAGUUAGAAUAACCCUUUCAAUGCUGGCUAGAUCUCCUAGUAAUUAAGAUCUAUUCUUAUGUAAUUUUAAAUAAAAUAACAUUUAAACCAGUUCAUUAGUCAUUUCCUGGAACCAUCCAAUAAGAGAAUCUACCAUAUUUUUACAAAAGCAGAAUUUGUUUUUAAUUUGCCUAAAUAGAUCUUUUAUCUUAUUUUAUAGCAAAUCAAUACACCUGGAUAAAAACAGUGGUAUGCUAACACGUGAUAAUAUCACAUCAAUAUAUAACUAGAAAAGCUACAAUUUCUGGGGAAAUUGUGUGAAGUGUUCUUGCCUCCACCAGUAGUCUACAACUGGAGUGGGCGGAGUAACUGUUAUCAUUUAUAUAGCACAUUUAAUUGCAACGUUGUUGCACAGUUACAUUAAACCAUACAUUUAUAAAAACAUUAGCAGGUGUUCAAAAGGCCCUGUCUAUGACAUCACUUGCUGCUGCAGCCUGGCACAGGUCAGAGUAUUUUGGCGGUUGCCAUCUUCAAACGGUCGUAUUUUAAAAACUAUAACUCCUACAGCGAAGAGCUUUAUAUUGUGAGAAUCACAAGACCCAGACCUACAUUUUGAUGCAUAGUAUGUCUCUGAAGUAUUAAAAUGAAGGCACAGUCGCAGUUUAGAAAUUGCACUUCAAAUUUGAGCUUUGCAGAGUGAAGUUUCAAUGAAUGUCACUGGACGGCGUUGUUGCAAACAAAUGGUCAUAUUGUGAAAACUAUCAGGACUACGGCUUAGCCGUUGACAUGUUUAGUGGCAGCAGGGAUAGCUGAACGCUUUGAUAUAAGAUUUGUGUAGGUGGGCCUGAAAAUAAGGGAGUGGUGGCAGUUUAGAAAUCAUGUCCUGAUUUUUCAGCUUUUGCCAGCUCCCACUCUAGCUUUGUCAUUCAUUACUAUGGGACAAAUUGCGCCACAAGAACGACGAUAUUCCGUGAACCAUUCAGCGAAACGUUCCACAAUGUAAUAGCAAUCCGAUCGGGAACAAUCUGCACGUUUUGGUAA